UACAGAGAAGAGUAAGCAUUCUCUCUCUCCACGGUCCGUCAUACAGUCGAUCGCCAGACGCGCUUGGGCAGAAAUGGUUUGCGGCCGUGAAAUCAGCACGAGCAAAACGGAAACUCCGGAGUGACAGAAGCAUGAGCUCGUCUGACGCGUAUCAAGCUUGUAAUUAUCAAGCCUCGUGGAUUGGGGAUAAAGAUAUAAGUAAAAUCGCACUAGUGGUAUUAUCUAUGCCAGUCGAUUGACAGAGGAGGUAGCGAGAGCACGAAGGAGAGAUGUGAACGGCGGGAAAAGUCAGCGAGAAACUUUGUUCACGACGGCUUGGAAAAUCAACAUUAUCGACGAUAAAGGUGUGCGAUGUCCACACGAAAAAAAUGCGAUUUGCAAGAUGCGGCUACGUGCGUCGAUAGAUCGCUCUACCUGUUCUUCGAGAAUAUAUCGUACAGCGUACGGAGAGGAAUUUUGACAAAAGAAAAAAAAAAAUUGCUGAGCGAGCUUAAUGGCGACUUUCGGCCGGGUGAACUCACAGCUAUUAUGGGCCUUUCGGGCGCUGGAAAAUCGACAUUAAUGAACAUCCUAGCAGGUUUCACGACAAUUUCGAUUACUGGCAAAAUCAAGGUGAACGAACGGGAAAGGAACAUGUCUGAAUUUCGAAAAUUGUCCGCCUACAUAAUGCAGGACGACAAUUUGCAACCAUUUUUGACGGUGCAGGAGGCGAUGUACGUCGCUGCCGAUCUGAAACUCAAAUUAAACCAUUGUCAAAAAGUGCAGAGGAUCAACGAAAUAUUAACAGUAAUGAAUCUCAACAUCUCUCGUUCAACACGCACUAACGAGCUCAGUGGAGGUGAAAGAAAAAGACUUGCCGUCGCACUUGAAUUAAUUAAUAAUCCACCUGUCAUAUUCCUCGAUGAACCUACAAGUGGUCUAGAUAGCGUCAGUUCGAAGCAAUGCAUAGCACUUUUAAAGCAAUUAGCACAAGAAGGACGAACUGUUAUCUGUACGAUACAUCAACCAAGUGCGACGCUUCUUAACAUGAUAGAUCAUCUUUAUGUAAUUGCUGAUGGAAAUUGUGUUUACACAGGCAGUACGCAAAAUCUGGUGCCAUAUCUAAAUAAUCUAGGAUUAAACUGUCCGAUGCAUUACAAUCCCAUUGAUUUCCUGAUGGAAAUAUGCAAUGGAGAUUAUGGUUCUCAUAUAUCUCAGUUGGUGGAAUCGAUCGAGAAUGGCAAAAGUAACAUAUGGAGGUCAGCGAAAACUCUACAUUUGAACAAACACGAGGAAAUUGUCACUUCACAACAAGUUUAUUCUAUGAGAUUACACUCUUUUGAAACGGAAUUCAAGCAGACUCCACAUUACGCAGCAAAUUUCUGGAAACAGCUUUGCGUUCUUAUUAAAAGAAACGCAAUUAAGUUACUACGUGACAGAAUAUUAACACUUACACGGAUUGCAAUACACUUUAUGAUCGCUCUGAUUGUCGGCACUUUAUACUUCAAGAUUGGUCAAGACGCUGCUUAUGUUUUAGAUAAUUUCAAUAUGUUAUUCUUCAGCAUUAUGUUUUUAAUGUUCACUGCGUUUAGCGCUACAAUGAUCACGAUUCCUUUGGAGUUACCGAUAGUUAUGCGAGAACACUUUAAUCGUUGGUACAAAUUACGAACGUACUAUCUAGCAAACAAAUUAGCUGAUUUUCCCGUUCAACUUACUGCCACGUUUAUUUACACUUUUAUAGUAUAUUUUAUGAGCGACCAGCUUCCUGAAAGCGAAAGACUUGGAUUGUACAUGCUUAUGUGCCUCCUUAUUUGUCUUGUUGCUCAAACUAUUGGUCUUAUUAUAGGUAUAGCCCUAAAAGUUCAGAAUAGCGUAAUUUUUGGGCCAUUGGCAAUUAUGCCAUUUGUAUUAUUUAGUGGUUUCUUCGUGCAUCUUAAAGAUACGCAUCCUUACUUGCAGUGGCUGCUUCACAUAUCAUUCCCUAAAUAUGGUUUUGAAGGAGUUAUGAUAGCUAUUUAUGGCUAUGAUCGAGCGAAAUUGACAUGUUCAAUGGAUUACUGUCAUUUCUCUAUUCCCGAAAAAUUUCUUAUGGAAGUGGGUAUGAAGCACGUCGAUUAUUGGUUCAACAUAACAGUAUUAAUAUCGCUAUAUAUUACUUUAGAAAUUAUAGCAUUUAUUACAUUAUACAUGAAAAUCAAGAAGCGUAUAUAGUACAAUAACAUGGGAUCUCGGGAUUAUGUUGCAUAAGUUUCACAAUUGCAUAUGCUGUGAAUGACUUAUGACAUCAACAGAUCUAUUUAUUAAGGAAGAACGCCUACUUAGAAACUUUCGAUUUUUGGGUUUUGAUAUUUUCUUGAAGUACAUCUUAAAAAUAUUCCCUGCAAAUUUCAAGUCAAUCCAAACAAAACUGAUAAACUUGUAGGCAUCUAAAUUAUGUUUCUCGAAAGAGCGCUCGCGCGCGAAUGUUUGAAACAAGUAGGCAAAUAUUUGCAAAUUAAUUCUAAAAAAUGCUGUAAAACAAGAAAUUCAAGAGAUAGCUAAAGUAUUCGAAAAAACAUCAGAAUUAACAACUUCCAGGGACGAAAUGUAGAAAAAAAUGAGGCUUUAGUUCUCUCUACGGCAUUUCAUCAGUUAUCGGAUACUACACUGUUAAAUAUUAAAGGGUCAAAUUUAAAGCAAUUUUGUGAGUUAAAUAAUAUUUAGUUAUUUUUAACUAUCGUAUGUGUCGAAAAUUACUAUUUUAACACAAAACAUGUGUUUAAAGAAACAACUACAUCUAAUCAACCCAUUUCUGUGGUUGAAUUGCUUAUAGCGUUUUUCACUGGUCGCACUGGUGCGCACUGGGUGCGCACUAGAUGAGGGCAACGUAUUUCACUGGGCGUUUCGGUGCGCACGGAGACGGAGCGCGCUGUUUCAGUGAGAAGUUGAGUGCCGAGUUUUUGCACGUUAGUGCAUAAAUUCGACACGAGCUCUAAGAGACGGUGUCGGUUGAGUGCAAGAUGGCAGCGCGCGAUAUUUUUAAUGCUCUUCAAUUGCUAGAUUUGCUAUCUUCAUCAUCUAGCAGUGAUGAAGAUGAAAUAACAAAAGGAAAUCUAACAAAAAAUUCCAAAAAUCGAAAAUUUUAUUAAUGUUGUAUAUAAUCUUACGGAUAAGGACGUAAGUCGUGAUUAUAUAUUUAUUAUUUAUUAAUAAUUUAAUUGUUGCUGUACAGGUAUUGUUUAUUGUACUGUAUUGGUAUUGUAUUAUGUGAAAAAAUAUAUACAUGUGUUGUAUAUAAGUGCUACAAAUAACUAUAUAUUAUUGUUACAGUUCAAAAGUCAUUUUCGUGUUGCAAGAGCAACAGCUUAUAAAAUAAUUGAUAUUUACGCAAUUUCACAAUUCUAUCCGUCUGAUAGAACUCACGGAGGUAGUAAAUCUAUCUCUGCUGAAUUGGACAUAUUAUCAUUUUUGACACAUUAUCAAUUUAUUGAAUAAAUCUAUUUCACUUGAUUGAAGUUUUAAUGAUAGCAUGUCAUUAUUGACUUUAAAGCAAAUGUUUAAUUUCUCUUAUUGUUCCAUCAUUUUUCGUAAAUCCAGAAAUAUUGCACUUUUUGGCACUUGACACAUGUAGUUUAUUGUUUAGCUGGGAGUGCAAGAAAUUCGUACUUUCGGCAACCUCGUACAGUGCUGCUGCUACAUAACAAGUUUUCGGUGCGCACUCAGUGCGGCUCAGUGAAAAACGCUAUUAGUUUCAAAGUAAGCAGCGCUACUAUCCAAUAAAAUAAAUGAAUAGCGGUGGCAUUGCUAUGAGCGAUAACAAGCCGUGUAGAAAAUACCGUCAAAUAAGCUGUAUACUUCUAAGAGUGCCUGAAGUGCUACUUAAUUUAUAAUAGAAAGAGUGCUAAUUUGCAAAAAAAAAAGAAGAAAAGGAAAGUAAUAUCUAUCUUUUAGAUAGAUGCAGAAUUUGUACGACGAUAUUCACGGCAACAAGAUGCUCUCUGCAGUGAAUUUGGGUUGCUUUCAGAAUAAAACAUAUGUACACAUA